AUGGAACACUAUAUGCCUCAAAUUUUCUGGCAUGACAGAAAAGCUUUAUUAUCUGUGGAUCUUCAUAAAACUGUGAAAAACAACAAGUAUAAAAUAGUCACUUCAAGUGUUCAAAAAGAGGUAAGGUUUUCUCUAAUUUAUUGAUUUUUCAAUGUAAAACUAGUUUUUCAGGUUCGAAUCUGGCAAUUCGAAUUCGAAAACACUGAAAAGUUACCAGUUGCUCCAUUAGCUGUUACUUUUCUGGCAAACUUGUCUGGUCAUAACUCAGCAAUUAAUCAGGUUAAAUUCAGUCCAAAUUCUGAACGUAAGAUUCUCAUUUAAAAAAGUAGUAUUCAAGAAAAUGUUUGUUUCCAGAGAAUUUACUAGCAUCGGGUGAUUGUGAUGGUAGAAUAACAAUUUGGCAAAUGAAUGAUAGUCCACCACCUCCACCAAAAGAUGAAUUGCCACCGAAUAAAGAAAAUUGGAUUCGGUUCAAGGUGAUUUGAAUAUUUUAGCUAUUCGAGAUACUCUAGAAAAAGGCCCUGGGGGCGGAAAUCUAUGCUUCGAACAUAAUUUUUCUUUCAGAUUUUAAAUCAUGACAGUGAUGUUAGUGCACUUUGUUGGAAUCCAGAUGGAACACAAAUUGCAUCAGUUUCAAAUGACGAUUGUUUAUAUGUUCAUAAUGCUUUAACUGGUAGGUUUUUACCAAAUGAUUUAAAUUUAAUAACUAUUUUUCUCAAAUAGCUAAACGUAUGUUUGUUCUUCGAAACUUUCGUCAUUUUCCAAAUGGGAUUUGUUGGGAUCCACUUGGAAAAUAUAUAAUAACAAUGUCGGCUGAUAGAAAAAUGGAUAUUGUUGAUGCAAUCAAAGGACAAAGAAUCAAACAUUUUUCAUCUGCUGAAUUACCAUUGAAACAAUUGCAAAUACAAAAUAGUCUUGAAGACAAAAAACUAUUCAAAUUAUUUCACGACGAUCAAUUAUUCAGUUUCCAAAGAGGAGUCGUUUUUUCACCAAAUGGAGAAUUAGUUGUUGCGCCGUGUAAGUUUUUUAAAUUUGUUUUGAAUUUCAAGAAAACGUAUGACGAGGAUACGAAAAAUUUUAGCUGCACAUUUGGAAUUGGGAUCGAGUGAUUUGUUCGGUUUGUAUGUUUUCAAACGAGAAGACUUGGCAAAGUAAGUUUAAUUGCAUCUAAUUAGUUUUCAUUAUGAUUUUUUGAUUUUCAGAGAUUCGCCUUCUGCUUUUUAUCCAACUACGAAACCGACAUUUUUGAUAAAAUUUUCACCAGUGGUUUUCAAUUUGCUCGAUUCGGCUACAAACUUUUUGGGGUGAGGAAAAAUGUUUUCUAAUCUUUCUGAAAAAACAGGGCUCUGAUUAAAAUCGCGCAAAAAGUCUAACUGAUAUUGAUCGAAAUCAAAAAGCUUGAUAAUUUUUAUUUUUAAAAAAUCUCAUAAAGAAAAUAUUUCAUAAUUCAAAAGGGCGAAUAUAUGUCCCUUUCGAUUCCGAUCAGGCUGAAACUAAAUAUCCGAGACCUCAUAAUUUGAAAAAACAACCACCUAGAAAUUUCCAAAAUUUUCUUUAUUUUUUCCAGCCUUCCUUAUCGUCUCGUUUGGGCUGCUUUGACUCAAGAUACAGUUUAUUUCUAUGAUUCUCAACAUCAACAUCCAAUUGGAAUUGUCGAUAAUAUUCAUUAUAAUUCUCUAACUGAUGCUGCGUGGAGUAGUGAUGGAAUUGUAUUAGCUGUUUCAUCACUUGAAGGUUAUUGUAGUUUUAUCAAAUUCAAAAUUGAUGUUUGGGGAACAAAGGUAUAUCAAUUUUUGGCUUUCAGACGUCCUUUAGUUUCAUUUUUUCAGAUAAUUGAUCCAGUUCCAGUUUGUGUUUCUCCUUCGUUGAUCGAGGAAAAGAAAAAGAAGAGAAAAAGUUUGGCGACAGUUUCAGUAGUUGAAGAAGAAAAAGAAAUUGCACCAGUUGCUGUUGUUGCAAAAUCACCAUUCCGAAAAGAAGCUCCACCUGCAAAAGCUGUAACACCUCUCACCAAAUAUUUUAAAAUAGAUAAAAAUGAACCUGGCAAAGGGUGAGUUGUUAAGAAUUAAAAAAAAUUAUUUUCUAAACUUGCUACUACCCUGUAAACUUGUUAAUGACAUAGUUUUUCAGAUCUCCCAAAGAGACAACAGUGGUGGAAAAUCAAGAAGAGCCAGUUGCAAGAGAGAAAAAACGAAUCCAACUAGUUACUCUCAAUGAUUAA